AUGGCUAGCGUCGACUACGUGUUCAAGACCGUCAAUUAUGGCGCCCAAACGGUAAAUCUGACAGCCACCGUGCAUUUGCCCAAAUGCGCUACAUCAGUAAAGGCAAUUGCAUUAUAUUUCCACGGAGGUGGCUACAUCGUCGGCGGCCGGGCAAUGCUACCAGCUACACAUAUCGAAGCACUGAACGAAAGUGGUUUCAUCGCUGUAUCUUCAGACUAUCGUCUCGGACCUACCAUCUCCGUACUGGACGGUCCAGUCAGUGAUUCAGUAGCUGCGUACGAGUGGGCGCAAAAUGUGCUUCCCACACUGCUGGAGAACGAGCAUGGUAUCCUAGUGGAUGGGGAAAAUAUCGUCACCCUCGGCCACUCUUGUGGUGGGGGAAUUGCGCUCUUGAUGGCUUCUCGCCCUAACCCACCCAAGGCCAUUCUCGAUCUAUUCGGAUUCAAAUACCUCCGUGAUCCAUUCUAUCACACCAGCACGAGCACUCAACCCCAAUCUAACGCACCGGCUCUGCCUUCAGCUGAAUUCAUCAACCAGGUCUUUAAUGAGAUUCCUCCGCCAACCGCGGCACGCCCUCCAUUUGGUCCUAAUGGACUCGAUCUAAGCACGCCGCGCCAGGCCUAUCUCGUCACUUCUGUUAGGAAAGGGACCCAAUUCGAUGCAAUCAUCGCCGGGGAUGAUUAUGAUCGGGUGGAUCCGGAGAAACUAUUGGAGAGUCCAAAUUUCCCUCCAACAUGUUUUGUUCAGGGGACGGCGGAUGUGGUUGUCGAUGCGAAAUUUUCUCAACGGGCUCAUGCGGAGUUACAGAAAAAUGGAAUACCCAGUGAGCUGUAUCUUGCUGAAGGUAUGGCUCACGGAUUUGAUGCUAGGUUGAAGCGUGAUGAUGUGGCCUUCUCGUCUAUCCAGAAAGGCGUGGAAUUCCUGGCGCAAUAUGUCGGCUAA